AUGAAUGACAGCCUGUUUGUCAGUUUGGACAGACUCUUGCUAGAAUUUGUUUUUCAGUAUGAGCAAGAUGUAAGUACUAAAGAAGAUAUGAUUCAACGCAUUAACAAAAGCUUUGAAGAUAUUAAACAAAAUAAAGCAACUAUUUGUAAGAUACAGGAAACUAUAAAUACAACAGAUGAGGAAAUUGGUCAUUAUUGUAAACAUAGUAAGGAAAUCAAAGACAACUGUUGUAACUGGAAGCCAACAUGUGAUGUUUUUCAUAAACAUGAAGACUAUAUGCAGGACCGAUUUACUGUUUGUCAAGAAACAGUUGAAAAAGACAAAAAAAUGUACCAUGGUUAUGUAUGUCAGUAUAAAGAUGUUUUGAAGCAAUACCAGCAAAAAUACUCAGAAGCACCUCUUUCACGUGAAUAUUAUGAGAAGAAAAGAGAACAUGAAGAAAUUCAAAACAGAGUGUUGACAUGUACUGAACAACUAAAAAUGAAUGAAACUAUUUUUAUGGAAUUUUUAGUGCCUGCUCCCUUUCCAUCACUUACCAAAUGGACAUUACAUAUUGUUCAUUUGAGAUGUAAAACACAAGAUAUUCUUAGACAUGCCAACAAUUUUUCCAAAAUUUCAUGUGAAUUGAAGAAAGAAGCAGAUGAAAUGGAAAUAGAAAUUAAUUAUUUAAACCAGCAGAUUGCAAGACUUUAUGAAACUAAAAAUCUUUCAGAAAUUCUAGAAGAAAAAACUAAAGAUAUAGAAAAAAGAAAGGAACUGAAAGAAAGAAUUUUUGAAAAAGAUGAACAUGUACUUACAUUGAAUAAAACCUCUCAGAAAAGCCAAUUAUUUCUUCCAAGUGAAUCUCAGAAAUUAGUCAGACCAAUGAAUAUUCUGUCUUCAGAACCAAGAUUUAUAGAUAAAAAAGAGGACAGUUCUGUGACACAGUCAAAGCUUGCCAGUAUUGAUUCCAAACGAAAAGAAAACAAUAUGCAGGUAUUUAAUGACUCUGCUAUGAAUAGCCACUCAAAACUUUCACAUGUUAUGGCUAUUAAAAGUUCACAGAAUUUUAUGCAGUUCAGAUUUUUAACUCCUCAGGAACAGUCAAAUUUCAAUCAGUGGUUUGAAAAAGGAGAUACAGAUGCUGAGCGUGAAGAUAAAGGGGAAGUAAGACAAUUGAAAGAAUCAAAAUUUACUUCACAAGUUAUUUAUGAAGAACAUUUUGAGAAGCCAAUAGAUAAGGAUGAAGUAGAAGAAAGGGCUGAGAAUUUUCCACAAACUCCUGAAAUUCCUUUAUUUUUAAGAACUUCAGAAGAAGUGAAAACACCUGAAUCUUUGAAGCAAUCACUUUUCCCUAAAACACCCCCAUUUGAAAUAAACAGAAAUACAGUACCUGAAGAUCAAACACAAAAGGAAUCCCCUGGGGUUUCUUUUCUUAUGAAUUAUACUUCUAGAUCACCUGGAUUGAAUUUAUUUGAUUCUUCUAUAUUUGAUUCAGAAAUCUCAUCAGAUAAGUUUAAUGAACACUAUUCUGCAGGAAAUUUAAAUCCUCUCUCAUCACAACAAGAAGUUGGAAACUUAUUUGGGAAAUCAGAAGGAGAAGAUGCCUUUACAUUUUCUUUUCCAUCAGACUCUUCAGCUCAUACAUUUGGAACUGGAAAAGAUGAUUUUAGUUUUUCAUUUUCAUUUGAACAGGAUCGUAACUCAACAACCUCUUCUUCUGUAAAAGGUUUUUCAUCUUCCUCACAAAAUACAACUCAGUUUACUUUUUUUUGA